AUGGCCGACUUGCGUACACUUCUCGCCGAGCUCGAAACGCCUCUCGACGAGGCCCGCGCCACCCAACUUAUCCCAGUCAUCCACCAGUGCCUCGGCGGCGCCGUCACCCUGAGAGACAUCAACACGUUGAUGUACUUGUUGCGGUUUCUGCCCGCCACCCGGGAGGUGGUGCUCCAGGACUUUGAAGCCAACGGCAUCAAUCUUGACAUCGACUACAUCCAGCUGGUUUUGGCGACGGCGGUGAACCCGGUGCCGAUGAUCACCGUUUGA